GAGCAAUAAUGCCGUUGACUACGACUAUUACCAGGGCGUUACUACUCUUGGGGGCUCAUGCCGCCGCUCAAGACACCACUAUGGGGAAGAAAGUGUUCGCUCAUUAUAUGGUUGGCAGUAUGACCUCGAGCGAAGCAGUGACCGAUGUCAACGACGCUAGUAAUGCUGGAAUUGAUGGCUUUGCGCUGAAUGUCAUGAGCACAGAUCCUUGGUCCACCUCUGCCAUAGAUGAUCUAUUCGUCGCUGCAAAUUCGUCCUCCGGAUUCAAACUGUUUUUCUCCUUCGACAUGACCCACUUCAACGAUCCGUCACAGUUCCUCCCCUUGAUCGGUGAAUAUCAUACUAACUCUGCCUAUUAUCUCCAAAAUGGUAAGCCGUUUGUAAGUACUUACGACGGAGGAACUCUCACGUUCGGUAACACUACCCCCGGUGACGGAUGGGAGGCUGCGUUCAGACGACCUCUCGAGGGUAUGGGAAUAAGUCCCUUCUUUGUUCCUGAUUUUGACGACUGGAGUGGCUAUCCGAACGGGUUCUUUAGCGCGUUCCCAGUCGUGGAUGGAGCUUUCAGCUGGGAAACCGCCUGGCCUCAGGUGAGUGAGGGAAAGGCAAAUGUCAGUGAUGCGGUGGAUGCAACAUUGCUGCAUGACGCUCACUCCGCGAGUAAAGUCUACAUGAUGCCCCUGUCCACGUUCCAGUUCAAGUAUCUCGGUCCGGGGCAACAGUGGUAUCGAAGAGGAGAACUGAACUUCGCACAGCGCAUGGGCCAGAUUCUGCAGCUCCAGCCUGACUUUGUGGAAGUAGUCACAUGGAAUGAUGCUGGAGAGAGCCACUAUGUCGGGGAUUUCUGGCCCGAACAGAUCGCUGGGAGCGACAUUGGAGCAUAUGCCAAUGGAUUUGACCACAAGGGCUGGCUCCAGGUACUCGGCCCUUUCAUCACGGCAUACAAAGCCGGUGUGACGGAUACAUCGAGCAUAUUACCGCCAUCUGGAGCAAAUGCUGUUGGAGCAAUCUGGUAUCGUACGCUUCUGACGUCUGCGAGCUGCUCCUCUACGAUAUCUGGUUCCCAGAAUGCCGACGACGCUAUGAACUUUGCUAUUAUUCUUCCAGCAGAUACCUCUGGAGUCACGAUUAACGUAUACAGCAACAACAAUCAAAUCGGCUCUUACUCCGGUCUCCCCGGCCUGAACGCCCAGUCUGUCCCCGGUCUGCAGGCUGGCGGGAACCAGAGAGCUGAGGUCGUCGACGCAAGUGGCACAACUAUUGCAUCUGCUGUAGGGACAAAGGACGUUCAGCCGCAAUCGACCGGCUCCGUAUGCAACUACAACUACGAAGUCGUGGGACUUUCCUGAGCCGUCAAAUCAGCCAUCUGAAGUCGAAUAUACAUAUAUAUAUUCCGCUAUAUACUUGCAUUUUUUCCUGCAUCAGACUAACUCAAGUCAUAGUGCAUUUUUGAGUAUAGAAGAAGUUUUUCCUGCGAGGCUGUCUUCCUGUUUUACCUUAGGUUCUAUAUGCAAUAAACUAUAUGACAUAUCUAUGCUUGGUUCUCUUGAUACUCGCAGAUCUAAUCUGUCUGAUAUCUGCAUAUAUUCCUGUUUUUCUAUUCUAUCAGCACACACGACCAUUGGGUGUGGAAAACAGGGCUUCCCGUCCGUUCAGCCGUACUUAAGCCACACAUUCCAC